AUGAAAAAUCGCAAGAAGAGGGUUCAGUUUUCGCUAAACCACAAUUUGCACCGAUCGGAAAGUUUGUCAAAAGACUUGAGGUUGUUGAGGUGCGAGAACUACGAGUUGGCGGGUCCGUACGAAUCACACGUAUUCGGUGAAAGGUAUGAUCUCAACAACUUCAAGGCACACGUGACCCUAACAGAAGGAAACUUUUGGGAUUUCUUGUAUUCUUCUGGAUGGAAUGACUUUAGUUCCAUACGUGUGACUGACGGAUCUUUAAUGCGUACUCUCCUCUACACUUAUUUCAUGCUGGAAUUAAACGAGAAACUUGUAUCCUAUACUACAGAGGUCUAUGAACACAAUAUCAGCACAGCAAUACAAGGUCCAAAGGUUCAUGACGAAAGUAUCAAGAUCACAUUUACAUAUUAUGGAAGGAAUAAAGCUUCGCUGCGGAAGAUUCUAGAACAAGAUGGUAUUAGGAAUCCACAAGUGCAUUUCUCGGACGAGCACCAGCGUGGCGUCCAUGGAAAACGGGUGCCCAACCUAACACGUGACAGCACACGUCGACGAUUUCCUUGUUCAAUGAACUGUGACCUACUUGCCAAUAGAGAUUAUUAUCGGCCCGAUUCAUCAAGUGUAGUUAUACCAGAAAACCCGCCUAAUUCACCCCUGUCUGAAUACCCGCGUCCAAGUACGAUGGAGAUGCUGCGACAAAAGAAAAUAGAACGUGUACGUGAACUCGCCAGUUGCAAGCAAAAAAAGAGAACCUUCAGUGACCUUCCGGUCAUAACGCAAGCCAGAAUAAAAAGGUCAUGUGAUGCAGAAAUAACCUCCAAUUUUGAAGUGGUCGGCACUAAAGUGGAACGAGACACCACUGAUGACAUCAUAAGUUGGUUGGAAAAUGAAAUUUCGAUCCAGGAGCCGAUAAUGAAAUCCGCCCUUCAGCUUCCAAAGAUCGAGGAAAAACAACCAAAAACAUCUACUUGCUCUACAAAUAAAUUUAAGCACCAUUCCUCCAGGAAACUUAAAUCACAGGUUCAUAUAUACAGGAAACAUUCUCCAAGACUGGAAUUUAUUAACGUUAUCAAUCGGAUAAAUGGGACAACUCCUACACCACCUGCGAGAGAAUCACCCCCUGCAACACCGGAAAUAUUUGACACAGACAAACUCAGAAUUAACUAUAGUCUGGAGCACAUAAGACCAGAAAUAGUGCGAAAGCCAACUAAUGUUAAACAAAACACUAGAGAAAACGACAUGGAAGUGUCGUUAAAGUUACCCGUACUGCACCAGAAUGAUUUGAAGGAACAUGGAAGUUACAUGCUCACAAAGCAAGACAGGCAGUAUCAACGGGACGAAGAUGUUGCAGCUAGUGGUGAUAAAUGGACAUGUGACCAUACCGAUGACUUGCUUGAUUCUGACGAACAGUCACGUAAGAUGCCCUCAGUUCCACUGGACGAGCUCUUUAAGGCUAGGAUACCGCAGGGGUUCGCAGAGUCUUGUCUGAACUCUGUAGACGAUUUUGUAGUGCGAAAAGAACAGAUCACAACGUCACGUCUGUAUGUGACCCUGACGACAAUUACAUUCAACAGAAUACCUAUUGUACCCUGACUAACCACUUAAAAAUAUGAUUUUAAGAAUUAUA